ACCAAAAUAACAGACACCGGCUUGCAUUUCUUUCUCAAAUCUCUGUUCUUUUUUUUUUUUUUUAUAAAAAAGAGGUUUUUUAAGCUACCGUGCAAUACUUGCUCACGGAAUUCUCAUGUUCGUUUUCCAUUCACCACGAAUUUCUUUCUGAAAUGGUCAUAAACCACAGGUUUCAAAGAGAUCCAAACAUCCCUGGCUCUGGUCUAAAGUUUCAUGAACCGAGUCCAAUGAGGAUACGUACUCAAUUUACCUUAAGAAAAAAUAAAAGCAUAAUUUGCAACUUCCCAAUGAAAGAUUCUUUGGAUUGUGUUUUGUUUGAUCCAUGAUGUCUUGAUGUGAUGCAAGUUGAAUGAAAGACAGGGUGCUGCCACAAGAACCUACGCUGAUCACUCAAUAAGGUGACGAUAAUCAAUGCACCGAGUAAACGUCCACUUGUACUUGCCAUUAUAUAAAUAUAUAUAUAUAGAUAUAUGCUAGUGCGAACAAGAAAUGCAAUAACACAAAUUAAGGUUGCAAGAUUCCCAAAAACCUGAAACAAAAACUACAGGAUCUUCUUAACUAGGAGUUUUGUUUAAAUUGCUAUCUACGUAUGCUCUCUUUGUUGUCAUACGCUCUACUUCUGCCAAAAACUAGAUCCGAAGAUACAAUACAAAGUCUAGGCCCUUUAACCUCUCCAUCUCUUUCUGAUCAACCAGAGACAUGGAAGCAGGGAUUCUUUGGCAAACUAGAAGUCCUACGCCAUCCCUGCCGCGACAGCCGCGUGGUUGUAAGAUCAAAUAUCACUCUCCUGCUAUUCUUGCAGUUCUUACAAGAGCACCGGAUAAUAACAUGACUGGAGUAACAGAGAAAAGGAAAGCUUCAAAUCGGACAGACAAAUUAGCAGGACUUACGAAAAAGACUAUCUAUAAUGAUAGCUGGUUUGCCGAGCUAGCGAUAAACUAUCUAUCACAGCAAUUUCAAGAUGCUACAGGGUUAAGAAACAGCAAGAGAGGUUAUGAGAGCUUGGCGCAGACAGCUACAGAUACAUGGCAGAAAUUCAGUCCAAUUCAACAGCACGGGCUUGUGCUUCAAUCUCUUAAUCGAGCCAUCCCCAGACUGAUCUUGAACAUGAUAAAGAUAAUGCUACCAGAGUCCACGUUUAAAAGAGAAUACUUCGCUGCCUUCACCACCUUGUUCUUUGCUUGGCUAGUCGGACCCAGUGAGGUGCGGGAAUCUGAGUUCAACGGAAAAAAGGAAAAGAAUGUAGUCCACAUAAAAAAGUGCAGGUUUUUAGAGGAGACAAACUGUGUUGGGAUGUGUACCAAUCUGUGUAAGAUUCCGAGUCAAACAUUUAUCAAGCACUCCCUUGGAAUGCCAGUUGACAUGGUUCCUAAUUUUGAUGAUAUGAGCUGUGAGAUGAUAUUUGGUCAGGAGCCUCCGGUAAUAACUGAAGAUCCAGCAUUCAAACAGCCAUGCUAUAAACUAUGUAAAGCAAACCGAAAGCACAUUAUGAAAUGCUCAAAUUAACAUGAAGAUGCAAGGAAGGAGGAGUUCGUUUUACAAUCUGAACCUUUUAUCCUGACAACUAAUUGAGAGAUAUUUCUUUCAUACGGUAUACAAUCCAGAAGUUCAUGACCACUUGUACUAAGUCACAAUAUUGUAAUGAUUUUUUACUUAUUCAAUAUACCACUUAAGAUAUGAGAGACAACUUGUUCCGCACUGGUAAAGAAACGGUAAUAUUGUAUCUACUGUAGUUUUGCUCUGUUU